AUGGCUCGCGGUACUAUCCCCCGAUGUAGACAGUACGUAUCCGCGCUGGACCUCGGCGGAGAGACAACGGCGAGGACGAGCCAAUGGCAGCCGGAGCGCUGUAACGGAAGCGCACGCAGUGGCACCAAGGCGGAAAUAUGGAGGGCGCUGUUACGCUGCGAAACAGCCGAACGAACGCCUGCCACCCUCCUUCAUUCCUGCACUGGGGCCGCCGGGUGGCCUGUCACCUGCACUCAACGGGGCCGUGGAAAGCGCAAAGCUCGGUACGAUGUAGGCGGUACCUGGCACAAACCGGAGGCGGAACCUGGACGACUUGGCCUUCCAACUUUCGACCUCGACUCCAUCAUCCUCUCCUCUCCUCUCUUCCUCCUUUCCCCCUCGUAG